AAUCGGCGGCGUUGUUAUUGACGCCAUAUUGGGGCCGGCGGCUGGUGGGGAGAAGUCUUAUAGGGGGGCGGGGGGGAAAGGGAAGCGGUUAGACAAGCCUUUCCUUCAGCUGCCACUGCCGCCGCCGCCGACGUCGCUGCCGCCUCCUUCUAACCAUCCCCUCGGCAUUUGUCCUAGACCCACCGCACCCUAUACCGGCCCUGCCCGGCGAAAGUCGCGUUCCGGCUUCAGAUUUCGCAGCGCUCAAAGGGAAACGGAUAGGCUGAGAGGAGGGUCCAUUGAGCGAGGCGAAAAGACUCGAGCCGGGGCGGGGACCGGGGUCGGAGGCUCCCGGGAGAGCGGGAGCUGAGGCGAGAGGAAGGAAGGCAGGCAGGAAGGAAGGCCCCCAGCGCGAGCCACCCCCUCCCCCCCGACGCCGCCGGCUCUCGUCACCCGGGUCCCCCUCCCCGCAGGUCCGUGCCGCCACUGCUGCUCCCGCCGAGGCGGCGGCGGCGUAGUCCGCGUAGGCUGCCCCUUUCCGCCGCCCGCCCCUAGGGGGUCGCCGGCUCCCCUUUCCAGCUUUCCUGCGCCCGGCUCCCCCUCGGCCCCAGUCAUGGCGUGCGGAGCCACUUUGAAAAGGACUCUGGAUUUCGACCCGCUGUUGAGCCCGGCGUCCCCCAAGCGGCGGCGAUGUGCGCCAUUGUCGGCACCCGCCUCGGCCGCCGCCUCCCCGUCGUCCUCUGCAGCCGCCACCGCCGCCUCCUUCUCGGCCGCCGCCGCCUCACCGCAGAAAUACCUCCGGAUGGAGCCGUCCCCCUUCGGCGAGGUCUCUUCUCGCCUUACUACAGAACAAAUUCUGUACAACAUAAAACAAGAGUAUAAACGUAUGCAGAAGAGAAGACAUUUAGAAACUAGCUUCCAACAGACAGAUGCUUGCUGUUCUUCUGAUUCACAGCCACAUGCAUUUCUCCUCAAUGGACCAGCUUCUCCAGGCACUUCAUCUGCAGCAUCAUCACCAUUAAAAAAAGAACAGCCCUUAUUUACUCUAAGGCAGGUUGGGAUGAUCUGUGAACGUUUGCUGAAAGAACGUGAAGAAAAGGUUCGUGAAGAGUAUGAAGAAAUAUUGACCACAAAACUUGCAGAACAAUAUGACGCAUUUGUGAAAUUUACGCAUGAUCAGAUAAUGCGACGAUAUGGAGAACAGCCUGCUAGUUAUGUUUCAUGAAUCACGUUUCCUGCAUUUGUGGGCUGCCCAGUUCCCUGUUGAGUUGUUGCAAGUGGUCCCAGUUAAGACUUGCAGCAAUGCCAUAUUUCUCCCCUUCCCCCUGUGAACACAGGUUAUUUCAAGCUUUUGUCAGUGGCAACCACUCUUAGGCAGCAACUGAUUUUGGAGUGCUCCCUGAUGUCAAUACCAUCUGGAUGUGGACUGUUGCUACCUGUAUUAAUACCAGUGGCCUCAUUUGCUGUAUCAUUACAAUUUGGCUUCUUAUGUUAAUGAUAUGUUUGAAAAAGAUUAAAACUGGUGUUCUAGAAAAUGCCCUUCAUUGGUUGUGUAAAUAAAACUGUAGAAUGACACUUCGGAUUGAAGUUAGUGUGGUUUUAAUAACUGUGCACUACAACCAACCUGUAACCGUCAUUAAUAACUUAGAAUGUAAUCCCAGGACAAUUAAGCAAAUAGCCCGCAGUACUAUCUGUGAAAUAUAGUGAAGGAGAGCAUUUCUGUAUUCCAGGACUUUGGGGGUGGGGUAGUUAAGAAUGGGUUUAUAUGAUUUCUUGUUUUGUAGUUUUUAUUUAUUCUAUCAGUCUUUAACAAAUGUUUAUUGCUGCAUUUUUUUUUUCAGUGUAUCAUUGUUUUACUGCCCUUGUAGUACUGGAAUUUAGUUGAAAAAAAUAAAACCUUUACUUCUAAUCUGUUUGUUUUUAAUGUGCAGAUGGGCUUUGUGCAGUGAACAAAUAAAAUUAAUAUUUGAAAUGCAAGCAUUACCUAAGUGAAGGAACUGGAAGUUCUCAGAAUGAAGUUUUAUCUCGAGUAAUCAGUGAUUUAGUGUUAUUGUUUAAAACUUGGCUGAGUUGUUUUCUGGUCCUGAAGCAAUUUUCUACCUGAUUGCAGUGAUAGGAUUUGACUGGCACUAAAUUGCAGCUUAUACUUUUAGCUUCAGAAUUGUAAAUUUCAGUAGAAUGAAAAAGAUUUGGGGGGUUUUGAAAGUUAGUUAUUGGCAUGAACAAAGAUCUGAAAUUUUUUUUAUCACUUGUUAAAAAUUUAACUUUUAAGUGCUGUUUUUAAGCAUUUUUUUUAUUUCUUGUUUAGUUUUGAAGCUAUGCCAGGGAUAAAUCAUUAUGCUAAAUUCCAGUAAUACAUUUGGCCAUAAAUAAUUGAAAAUGGGUUAAUUUUUGGAAAUAUCCUAAGUGCAGCUUACUUUUAAAAAUGUGCUUUCUGUAACAAAGCAAAGAGAUGUAUUUGAUGCUAUACAUUUUCCUUCCCCUGGUG